AGGUUACAUUCGCGAGCGGAGCCGAGCGCGGGAGACCGGACCCGAGAGCUGAGCUGCAGGUUCGGCGCGGGUCGGCUGGCUGCCGACUGCCCCAGAGCCCCCACCCGGCACCACACAGACCCCACCCCCGCCCUGCGCCAGCCUUCGUCCCCGCCGAGGACCCCCGACACCAGCAUGGACUGCUGCACCGAGAACGCCUGCUCCAAGCCGGACGACGACAUUCUAGACAUCCCGCUGGACGACCCCGGCGCCAACGCGGCCGCCGCCAAAAUCCAGGCGAGUUUUCGGGGCCACAUGGCUCGGAAGAAGAUAAAGAGCGGAGAGCGCGGCCGGAAGGGCCCGGGCCCUGGGGGGCCUGGCGGAGCUGGGGUGGCCCGGGGAGGCGCGGGCGGCGGCCCCAGCGGAGACUAGGCCAGAACUGAGCAUUUUCAAAGUUCCCGAGGAGAGAUGGAUGCCGCGUUCCCUUCGCAGCGACGAGACUUCCCUGCCGUGUUUGUGACCCCCUCCUGCCCAGCAACCUGCCAGCUACGGGAGCCCCCUGUGUCCCAGAGACUCCCUCACCCAGGCAGGCUCCGUCGCGGAGUCGCUGAGUCCGUGCCCUUUUAGUUAGUUCUGCAGUCUAGUAUGGUCCCCAUUUGCCCUUCCACUCCACCCCACCCUAAACCAUGCGUUCCCAAAUCUUCCUUCUUUUGCUUCUCGCCCACCUCUCCCCGCACCCAGCAUGCAGCUCUGCCUCCGCAGCCUCAGUGCGCUUUCCUGCGCGCACUGCGGAGGGCGCCCUAAGCGUCACCCAAGUACACUCACUUAAAGAAAAAACAAGUUCUUUCGUUCUGUGCGCAGCUAAAAGGGGCGCCCUACAUCUCCGUGCCACUCCCGCCCCAGCCUAGCCUCAGGACUUUGGAUCUGGGGUGAGAUGAAGGGAAAGUGUUUUUAUGGUUUCGGACGCCCCUUGCUCUGACCGGAAGAGAAGUCCCUAUCCCACACCUGCCUGUCACGUUCCCUCCCCUUUCCCCAGCGCACUGUCGAGGGCAGCCUCUCCAGCUCUCUUGUUUAUAUGCAAACGCCGAGCGCCUGGGAGGCUCGGUAGGAGGAGUCUUCCACGGCCCCGCCCCGCUCCUGUCGGCCCCGCCCCCCCACCCCCCCCACCUCCGGGCUCCUGGGGCUGUGGCCGAAAGGUUUUUAAUCUCCGUGUGUGCAUGUGACUGUGCUGGGUUGGAAUGUGAACAAUAAAGAGGAAUGUCCAAGUGUU